AUGUGUCCCUGCGCCAGCUCUGUGGCUGGUGCUUCCAUUUGGCGGCCAUUCAACGGCUCAAGCACGCCAACGUGUCUAGUCGAGUCGUCAAUGACGAUCUACACGAAUGUUGCCAUCUUCAACCUUGAUAUCAAGGCACAAAAACAGAGUUGUCAUGAUGGAAUGCACCCUGUAUUUGUUGAGAUGAUGCUCGUUACCGACUGUUGUGAGGUUUCCAUUGUGCUAGUGAUGCUGCGAGCACCAAAUUCUCAACCAUUAAAGUAG